AUGAUUAAGCUCGCGGCUUCCUCAAUCCGACGUUUAUCCACUGCCUCGACGAGAGAUAUCAUCCGUCCACAUUGGUAUGUGUCCCAGUUCGAUAACAGAGGAACAAUCGAACGUGCCCGGCCAGAUGAUUCGGAAAUACUGUCACAGUUCCUCAGCAAAGGAUUCGCUUCGUGUGAACCGGUUACUGUGGGGUUAGGUAAGAAUGUUACUAACAAACUAACUAAAUGUCAAAAGUUGGUUAAGAUAAAAAACAGGCUCUGACCUUUUAGUGACAAUUUGACUAUUCAAGCUUAUUUUCAGGCGUUUCUGAAGAUUUGAUGCAAAAUUACUUUUCCGAGCAAAUAAAAGAUUCCCUGAAGUCCGAAUAUACGUUGCUAGCAUUUUAUUUAAACAAACUUGUCGGUGCUCUUGUAGCGAAGGACCUCCUCAUUGACCAUCUAGUACCCAAUGUAAUGGAAGCUGAGAUUCUGUCUGAUUACAGGAAAGGUAAUCAAUCAUUCACUGGUGUUUAACUUUCCCAUUAUCAUUUACCAACUGUGAAUAAUGAAUUAAAGAAAAGAUGAUUUUAGAGAUUGACCAAGUUAUGAGCUCGGGAUGUCCAGAUCGUCGGCUAGCUCGCCUCAAAGUGUACUACGAGAAAUGGGUCAGAAUUGCUCCGAACUUCCUAUGCCACAAAACAAAGAAGGUGCUACACCUUCAAUACGGCUACAUCUUGCCAGAAUAUAGAGGGUAACUUAUUUAAGUAAAAUUCUAAAGGACUAUGGGUCAACCCUUUCUAAAUCUGUUAUUUCAAACUAAAGUAUAACAAUUUCAGAGCCUUGCUGAGCAAACUCUUGCUGGAAGAUGUUCUUAACUUGGCAAACCAAAACAAAAUCACUCAGUUCAUGACCGUAUGUACAUCAGUUCCUUCUUCCAAAAACUAUGAAAACGUAAGAAAGCAUUUUCCAUCCCCAAAUUACACUACAUUUUCAGAUUGCAGAUGUGAAAUACGUUUUUCCGUACAAGAACUUCGUUGACAGUGGGGAGAAAGUGUUGCCAGACAAAUCCAAGAUGUUACACCACAGCGAGAUGGCUUUCUUAGCAAUCGGAAAUACUGACAUCAGUUCUGACCAAUUUAGGAAAUAAACAUUUAUCUUGACACUUUGUUGAUUUAUUAUUGGCUUGAAUCUGAUUGAGAAAGGACGGAAUGCCAAAAAUAAAAUAUUUUCGAAACUUUUUGCAGUUAUAGUUUGGCUUAAAUUUUUUUCCUUGGACUGAAAAUAUUCUUUGUUUUAUUUCAUUUUUGUUAUUAUAGCUAUGGAAGACGAAGAGGAGAAACCGCCUCAACCAGUGUAUAAGGCAACAAAUUUGUCCUCCUUAUAUAGUUUAAGGUCAGAAGUUAUUAAGCGAAAAAAUAUCGCAAAAGCGAAGUCUUCUGCUGUUACUGUCGACAUUUCCAAGAAAAGCAUUUUUACUAUCAACAAGAAAGAUAAACAGCUAAAGGAGGAGAAUAAGAAACAACGUCAAGAACGUAUCAACAAACUCUCGGCCGAAUUAAAGAAAGAAGAAGAAGAUGCAACACGCAGAAAGAAGGUUCUUGAAGAAAAAGCCAAAAUCUACGAACGAUUGACAAGUGGGGAACAACUGGUCAAUGAAGAUGGUCGAGAUGUCGACUUCUUGGUCAACUUCAAUGUCAAAAAACGAGAAUUAGAGGUAAGUCAAAUGCUAUUUACAUAAUAUUUCCAAUUUAGGAAGAACGAGAGCGUGAAAAAGAAAAGAAUGAACAGAAGGAUGAACCUGAAGAUCUUCCACAAACGUCUACACCAUUGGUUGAUAGAUACAAUCCAUUGGAGGAGCCCGGUCGGUUGUUUGGUCCGUCACAUGCUUUCCUGCCUACCAACGAGGAAGAUAGGGUGAAUAAAAUUAAGGAAAUAAAGGAUAUGUCAAAACAAACCGAAGCAACUCGGCAGAAGAGGAAGAAGUUAUUGAGUGAUAAGAAGCGAAUGGACAGGGAAAAGCUAAAGAAGUUCAGAGCUAGAAUGAAUUUGUCUCCUCUUCCGUCGACAAGUGAAGAAUCAGAGGAAGAAACUACGGAAGCAGAACCACAAUAUUUGGAUAUUCCUCUACCUCCAGAACCAGUGCCUUCCAAGAGCAAUCAAACAUCUUAUGGAAUCAGGGAAUGGGACGAAGGGAAGUAUUACAGGAAGUGGAAGGAGGAACAAGAACAGAAGCGCGAUGAGGAGUUUGCUCCACCUAGUUCCUAUUACCGGUAA